UCACGUACGCUUUACUGGUACCGCAAGCAGACAACCAGGCAACACUUGUAUUCAGGAAACAAAAAUCUAUUUUGGUUUGUCAUGUUUGUAUGAACAGGAAUAUCUUCCUAUUGAAAAGUGGCUUAUAUUCAUCGUUUUCGCCGUCUCAUGUACAUCAAGGUACGAUAGCAUUGAGCUUCAAGGUACGCUGCGGUUGUGGAUAUUAUAUUUGGAGGGAUAAGGAUAGUAUCAAAGCGGAUUUCUUAGCGAUAUUUUAGUCGUUCAGUUUGUGUUUUUGAACUGCUACUGUCACUGUGCAAUUUCAAUGGAGGGCUUGUUGAUUGUUGACACACGAAACUCGACGUCAAUGUCCGAUCCUUGCUUCGAUUUACCUCCAUCCUCACCAUCGAACUGCCCCCAUCAACCGAUUUGUGUCAUCGCAGUUACAAACAGUCACUUGUGUUUGAGUAGUAGAGCGUCAUUUUUUGCUUGAAAAGGAGGAAAUUUAAGUGGAAUCAGUCAAUCAGAAUCAGCUGACUGGCUAAGCAAAUAAAUCAAGGCCGUCUCACUGACUGUCAAUUGUUACUGUAUUGCGGAAGUUGGUCGACUCGUCUGCAAAAUGAAGCUUUUGGAAAAUCCAAAUCUUGACGCCAUUGGCAAUGCCCUUACCAUCGAAACUGGUGAUUGCAAGAUUUCAGGAAGGUUAGAGAGUUACUCUUGCAAGAUGGCAGGCAACGACAAACGCCUGUUCAAGCUGCUCAGCCAGGAGAACGGCCACACCCCUGAAGACUUGCAGGCCCUCUCCCCUCCCCAGACCCAGAGCCAACUGUCUCUGAGCCCCCGGGGUGGGUUCAGUCCCCAGGCCGGGGGUCCCUAUGGUACCAGCUCCGGGGAGGAGACCCAGGGUCCUCUCUGUCACACUUGCAGCCGCAAGAUGAUCUUCUACCUCAUUUCUACGCUGAACGCCUCGUUCCAGCCAGACUAUGAUUUCAGUGAUGCAAAGAGUCAUGAGUUUAGCCGAGAGCCCAGCCUGGAUUGGACCAUCAAUGCCGUGGAUAGUAACAUGUUCUCUACGGCUGGUGACGCCUACGCUGCUCAGAUUCGCCCCAAACUGUGGGCCGCUAUCAAUGAUGAGAUCUCACCCAACGAGUGCGAAAUUUACAGCUACAACCCUGACUUGGAAUCAGACCCAUUUGGUGAGGAGGGUGUCCUGUGGUCCUUCAACUACUUCUUCUUCAACAAGAAGCUCAAGAGGAUACUUUUCUUUGCUUGCAAGGCCAGUAGCAAAACCUCGGCUGCUGGUGCUGAUUCUGGCAUUGGUGGUGACUUUGACAUGAUGCUGGAUGAAGAGAUAUCUGAUGAUUACGAUGACAACGAUGAAGAUGAUGAAGAAGACAACAGCAUGUACGUGCAGGAUGCCUACAGGCAUGAGAGUGUAACACCAUUGAUGUUCUGAAUGCAAGUGCUGUAUGGAUUCUACAGUGAGUUACUGUAUGCGUUGCAGUCAUGUCAGCAGAACAGCCAUUUUCAAGGAAUGUCAGUUAAGGCCUAUAACACAGACUAUGGUAAGGGUUGGCUAAAAAAAAAUGUAUUUGUAAUCCUAGCUAACAGAAAAUUAGAACGUUUUUGGUGAUUGAUUUUGCUCAUAACCGUUGCAUUUGGAUUGAGUUAAAAUAGUCCUUUGGAUUUCGCUUGCAGUGUUUAAGUAUUGUUUUUACAUGACAUUAAAAUUGAGUUUCAGCUUUAAUAGUACUUGUACAAAUAAUACAAAUUCACUCGUCGUUAUUCUUUCAUUGCCAUUUGGUUGAAUCAAGGUUUUACCUUUGCUCAAAAAUAUGUUCGUUCAUGCUUUUGACAGGUGCACUUUGUACUGCAUGAUUGAACACAAUCAGCAUUUCACUAUUCCCUUAUCACAAAAAGGUUUUCUUAUUCACCCUUCAGCAACAGUCGAAAACCAACUGCUUCAAGUGUGUCGAAAACAAUCCAAAACCAUUCAGAGUUUUCUGUGCUGUGAAAUUCCUUUUAUCCAGUCCAUAAAUUUACAAAACUCUUACGAUUGGGCUUAUUAAAUUGAGUCGCUAUUUCUUCCCAAUUUUAAACGUUCUUCUCUUUCCGGUUGCAAUAAUCAAUAUUCCUAUGUGUACAGUGUAUAUAAUCACAGACAUAAAUUAAACAGAUGAAUCUCUAGUUUCUUAGAUUAUAUAAUAAAAAGAGUGUGUUAACGUUGUUUUUUUUAAUGAUGCAUAAAUACAUGCAUGUAAGACAGUUUACCCAUUCCUAUUGGUCAAGAGCCUGUCACAUGGCCGGUUUUAAACGGUUGAUAAAGACCGGCUGGCUGGUCUUAAAAACUUUUCCAGUGUCACAUGAAAUUUUGACUCCUAUGAAAUCCCUCGCCUUCGGCUCACGUAAUUAUCAGCAUCCGGACUCCAACCAGUCUUUAUAGUGUUCAAAGCCAGCAAAGCACACAUUUCUUCCCUUAUUGAAGGGUCUCAAAACAUGGAAAGUUCUGUUUAAAUUGGACUGCUGCUCUUAAAAACCUGUCUUGCUGUUGAUAGAAAGGCUCCCUGUUUCCAGAAUAUUCCAAGCAGGGAAAGGCUAAUCUUUGAUUUGUUCAGUUAGUGUUCAUAAUUACAAGCCAAUGUUUCCAAGGGGGACUACCAGACUGUUCUGAAUAAACAGAAUCUGAUCACAUACCCACUGACUGUAUGGGAGUGCUGGUAAUAGCUAAUCUCACUCAUAAAAAUAAUGUGAAGGAAACACUUAACAUUGUAGAUGACUUAAUAACGUGAUCAAUGCACAUAAAUUCCGUGUGAACAUGUUAUGUUGACUUUUUGUUGCCAGUUAAAACAAAAAAAUCUAUCCAGUACGAGCUGAAAACAGAAUUGCCAUCACCCCAUCCAUGUACAAAUAGAUAGGGUGUUGUGUACAGGCGAACAGGCACAAUUGAACAAACAGCGAAGUAGAAUUUCCCAAAUGCAUGUACUCAAAGUUGUGAGACACUUUGUAAGUCAGACAAAUGUUUCUGAAUUGGUGUGUUUUAAAGCCAACUUUUGAAGAAACAAAGUUGGGGGAAAGAUUGGGAAAGAAUGUUGCAACCUGACGCUGCUUUAUUCUUCAUAAAUCAUCUCAGUGAAGGUCAGUCGUUGCAAAAAUGAUGAUAAGACACGAAUCUGGGACUGAGAAACAUUUCCAAUUUUGUUAAGAAGUACAAUGUACUUCUGUCUUGACUCUCCAUAGACUUUGUACACAACCACUGAAGUAGCCUCAGGUUGCAACAUUCUUUCCAAAGAUUGUCGUCUUCGUUUUGUUUUUACAGCUCUGGCUGCUAAAAAUUGUCGAGCUGUUGAAAGUUUCGGGACGUAAGCUUAGAUACUUGCCAUGAAAAGUCUGUCUUUAGUUUCUGCGCUUAAUAAGAAAUACAAAAUUCGGACAUGCAACUGGGGGAAUUUAGGGGAAAAUGACUCUAAACCACUCAAGACUUUGUACAGUGUUUUUCAAUUUGUAAUGGCAUUCGUGAGAAGUAAACAAACGAGGAAAUCAGCGGAUCUGAGGAAAGUUGCAUGCCUGAUAAUUAGGUUUUGCUGUGUUUGCAAGAUACAUGGCAAAGCAUUUUGUAGAAUUAAAGAUUGCCAGUAUGCAUUGUUUUUUUAAUUUAAGAUGCAUCCAACGUUGUGUUAUUAUUUUUUUUGAAAAAGAUUUUUUUUACUUUAACAUUAAUGUACUGUUCAACUUAGCAAGUGCUUUCUAAAUAGUGAUUAUAGAAGUCCAUCAGAAUUCAAAAUGACAUAUUCUACCUUUUUGUAAAGCACACAAAAAUCCACUUAUUUUAUUAGAACGUUUUAGAAAAUGUUCAGUAAAUGUUGUUAUUGUGUCAGUUUUUUUAGUUUCCUUUUUAAGUGUAUUCAAGCCUUACUAUGGUUCUGUGUUAGUGCCAUUAUCUAGUGAAAGUGCUAGAUAUUUGUGCAGGGAAAGUGGUAGACUUUAUAUAUCUGAAAUAAUUUUGUUAAGAAGGAAAAUAUUAAGGGGUUAUGCAUCCUUACUGGGACAAAAUAUUGUAAAAUGAUAUUGGGGAAAUGUUCUUGAAGGGAAAUUGGAAUAUUAGUUUGUUGCCAUUAUGAUUGUUAAUGUUGGUGUGUUGUAUUGUUUUAAAAUGUAUAGAAGUUAAACAAUCAGUGUAAAUAGUAUCAUGAUCAUUUUCACGACGGUUUAUACAUGUACAUGCAGAAGUGUUGACAGUUUGAGAAGUACAUUACAGAUAGAUGACAAUAAACUUGGUUUUCAAGUGAAAAACAGUGAAAAUGGUUGUUCGA